GUGAGUUGAAGUCAGCCCAAAGAGGCGGCGCGUAGUAUCAUCCCGAAAGAGCUUUUUGAAAAAUAUCCAUAUAAAACAGUCACACAUUGAACGUUGAGCUAGUCUCUACUUGCAAAAAAAUACGUCAUGUUUCAUCGCGAUCCCGGUGCUGAAGAAGACUUAGCUUCAGAUCAAACAUUCGCUUGGCCUCCAUCCGGAUUCCGCGACCGUCGUUCCCACUUUGGCCGGACAGCCGCCGACCCGAGCGCAUCCGCUUCAGCUUCAGCUUCGUCAUCAUCUUCUCCGUUCGGACACAGCACAACCCAGCGGAAAUCAAGUGACCAAGUCAUCCAGUCGUUAAGAGACGAGCUCGAUAAGCAUCGACAAAUGUUCUUCGAUCGUUUGGCACCACAGUGGGAAUCGACCGCUCAACGGACGGGAUUCCCAUUUACGGACACUGCUCGACGGGUGUUCGAUAGGUCCAUGCCGCCAACACACCAGCCACCGCCACCACAUCAUGCCAACUACGCCUUCCAUCAAGACGAUAUUCCGGCGUGGAUGACUGAGGAUGACGCCGAUCUAGCGGCGCCGUUCGGACGGGCCGGAAAUCGGCAGCGUUGGCCCUCUAGUGGCAGUGGCCGCAGCGCCGGAAGCAACUCGAGCGCCGGCAGCAGCGGCGGCGGUGGCGCUCCAGCAGAAACGGCUACAAGGCCAACAACAACAUCAUCUGAUUUGGGUUCAGCCCAGCAGCACAAUAAAAUGGGAAGGAGCGACUCGCCCAGCACUCGACAUCGCAUUCCCAAACAAGCGGCCAGAAGUGCCACCGGUGAUUUCCCACCCGGCAGUCCAGCGGCGUCACCUAAAAGUGGAUUUUGCCGGGCAAGUUCUGCUCCUCCAGUCGCGCCACAUGUCGCUGACAAUGGCGAUCACAAUAAUCUUUCAUCCGGCAGUCCUAGACGCGUGUUCACCACAACUCUUAACCAACCGCAAGCGGGCGGCGGUCAUCCUAUCAUCAACAGCCAGCGUGAAAAUCAAGCCACAGAUUCGCCGGGACUUGGGCGGCGCCAUCCAAACGUUCAUCAUGUCAACUCCACUAGCAGCAGCAGCAGCAGCGGCGGCAGUAGUAAUAAUGUCCGUCACAUUCCCAUCAUGGUGGAGGGUCGAGAUGAGCCACUACUUCCUUCCGUCGCCGAAGAAGGGGCUGGUCUAUUCUCAGCUGCGGAAAAGCGGAGCAAAACAGCCAUCCCGAUGCCUUUCUAUCCGGCGGCGGCAGCGGCGGAAAAGACAACAGCUCCGCCAGUCACACAAAUACCAAUUUCGGUGACGACCAGCAGCAGCAGCACUCCGUCAACUGACAAAGCGGCCAAACAGAAAGAGGAAGUCCGGGACGCUUCCGUGCCCAUUCCUCUUCCAUAUGAUCGAUUGUCGGAUGACUCUGGCAAAUCCGCCGGCUCCUCGGCUUCAGUCGAUCUCCAAACGGCCAAUGAUUUGGAACUCAUCGAGCGGAUCCAGCGCGAGACGGAAACUCUCCUUCCCCGUAUCGAAGAAUUCCGUGGCGACCGUCACGAUCGUGGAUUCCUAUUUCUCGAUGAAAUGCUGACGAGAUUGUUACUGAAACUGGACAAUGUGCAAGUGGAGGGUCGAGAUGAUGUGCGAGUUGCGCGCAGGCAAGCCAUCGCUUCCAUCACUCGCUGCAUCAACUUACUGGAAUCCAAACUUCUUCACGGCAUUGAGAGGUCUGACGGAGAAGGAACCGAGCCGGCUACCGUCAAUAACGAUUCACAGCAGCGGGAGCCAGACGAGCCAAUGAUAGAGGGGGAAUGUAACGAUACCAAGACCGAGGAGGAGCAACCCAAUGAUGUUGUAAUGGCAGAUGUUAAUCUGCCAGCUGUACCGCCAUCACCGACAAGACAUGUAACACAGUUGAUGAUCAAUAUCAACGAUCCGACAUGCGCCCCAGCAGAGCCGAGUGCAGCCCCAGCCGCCGCUUUGGAAUGAAUAAUUAACCGAUGGGAAAUGAAAUGCGUGGGAUGAUUCACCCAGCGGGCGGAGAGAAUACUAAAACAAAAAAAAUAAAAUAAAUGGUUACAAGUAUUAUUAUUUUACCCAAGCACACACACCCUAAAACCAAUUAGCAACUAUCACGCCAAUGGACGUAAUUGUGAUACAGCAGUCGACGGAAUUUCCCUAUCUUGACAAGACAACAGGGUGCGUUAAAUUGGAUGGCCGGAAGCAACUUGAUCGUUUUCUCCUUUUUUUUACAGUUUUUUCGGGAAUGCGUGGAUUCAAAUUAAAUGUGUAAUGCUAUAAAAGAGAACGCUCAGCGAGCUGAGAAAAAACCAAAAAAAUACAAAGGCGCUAUAACACAG